GGGCGGGAUCCGCUGUCUUGUUACCGGAGAUCUGGCAGGUUGCGUGUCCAUCCGCCAUUGGUCCUCAUUCAUCCGAAUGAGCGAAGCAGUGGCCGGCUCCAACAGAUGAGCAGCGGUGAAUGGCAAGCCAAACCGGUGCUGCUGCUGCUGCUGCUGACACACAUCGCCUUGAUCAUCUGCUGCGGAGUUGGGAGUCAGUCGAAGGACGUCAGCAUGACAGUCAAACGGACCCAUCAGAUGACGGGUUUUGUUGCCCCUGUGGGAGGGGCGGAGAGGAGGCGGCGAGCGAAGCAUGGCGGCCUCACGGUGCUGCGGAGCCAGGUAAGCAGAAAAACAAACAAGACAGACGAAAAGAUGCACAUAAUCCAAUCCUUUCCUAUGUGUGUUUCCUUCCUUUCAGGCAACUGUGCGGCGUCUGAAGGACAGCCAGGCCACCGCUGCCCCCCACCACACACCCUCCCCGCCCUCCCCGCCCUCCCCCGCACCACCACGAUACCAUCACCCAGUCAACGACACAUCCACGACCAGCAUCAGACAAGACCCCGUCCCACCGCCUAUUCCCCCUCCCUCCCCCUCCGCCCCUCUCUCCAGCACCGAGCUUGAGGAGCUUUCGCAGAAGGUCGAGGCGGCCCUCAACGAGAAGUACACCAUCAUGAUACCUGGGCCGGGUGCCGGUGGGCCGCCUGCGAGGCCGCUGGCGAUGAACCUGGAUCUGUGGCACUGGCGGGCUGACGCGCUGAUCAAGGAGCGGCGGAAGGACAAAGUUACCUUGGGGGUGAGGAUACUGCGGCACUGCAUCAGCCGGGACCCGCUGGAUCCUCGCGCGUGGCUAAUUCUCGCCAACUAUGAGAUCACUGCGGUCGGUGAGGCAGACCGACAGCAGCCACACAUGGAUGUAUUGCGUUGCGUUGUGUUGCGUUGUGUUGUGUGCAGAAGAAUAUCACGGGUGCUCGUUGGCUGCUGGACGAGGGCGUCCGGAACUGCCGCAGGAGUGUCGACGUGCACGUGGCAGCCGGACGAUUCGCACAGAGGGUAUGGCACGAUGCACGGAACGCUCUUGUCGCCCGUGCCGACCGAUGCUGGCAUCUGUGUGUGUGUGUGUGUGUAGUUUGACAAGGAUUACCGCAAGGCGGUGGAUCUGUUCAAACGGGCCAGCGAGAUCGACCCGAAAGCGUAAGUGACAAUUAAAGACAGCGAGAGAGCGAGCAACAGCUGGACGGGUGUGCUGCAUGGCAUGUCGUGUGGUAUACAUACCAGCACCUUGCCGGUGUUGGAGUUGGCCAACCUCCAAUUCAACCUCCGAAACUACGACAGCGCAAGGUGUGUGAUAUCCCCACACAUAUGACCUGACCCAUCUCCGCUCGCAGCCUCACCUCGCCUCAACCCACCUCUGCUCUCUUGUGUGUUGGUGGCGUGGCGUGGCGUGUCAGGCGUGUGUUGUUGGGUGCGUUGCAGCUCGAUGCGCGUCACGGUCGUGCGUAUGAGAUGCUGGGGCGGCUGGAGAGGGAGAGGGGGCAGCCGGCAGAGGCCGUCCGGUGGUUCACAGAGGGCACACGAGUCGACUCGGACAACAUCGCACUCUGGCAGGGCCUCGCUCUGGCCCACGAGGCACUCGGGCACGUCGAUGAGGCGAGGGACGUCAUGCGCCAGGCCACAAGCAUGCCCUCAUUCAGCAAUAACUCAUGGCUUUACCAGGUGAGGUGGGCCAGGCAGGGCAGGCCAGCCGGGCGGGACACACCGAACGAGAGGGUGACCAUGAAGAUUAGUGCUGUUGUGGUCUUGUGGCUACUUAACUGCACUUACACAGACAUGGGGGUCUCUUGAGAGCCGUCACGGCGACCCUGUUCGAGCAGAGCAGCUGUUCGACAGGGCGCUCAAGCUCGACCCCACACGAGGGGCUGCGUGGCAUGUAGGCAUUGCACCAAGGCAACAUGGAGGACGCCUCGACAGCAACCAACCAACCCAUGUGUCUGUCUGUGUCUGUGUCUGUGUCGAUCGAUAGUCGUGGGCCAAGUUGUGUGAGCAGCUGGGUGAGUACGGCCGUGCCCGUAUGCUGUACUCCCAUGGUGUAGAGGCCAUCCCGGCCAACCAGCUGCUGUGGCUGUCGUGGGGGGAGCUGGAGGCCUCACUCGGGGACAACGACAAGGCACGAUCCCUCUACUCGUCAGCCCUCUCACGCAACCCCCGUGGACCCAAGUCAGCCCAGCUCUGGUGCAGCCUCGGCAAGCUUGAGGGGGCCGUGGUACGCACGCCUCCCUGUCUGUCUUAUGCGCCUCCCCCCUCUCCCGCGCUCACACAUGAAGGCGUUCUCUCUCUCUCUCUCUCUGUGUGUGUGUGUGUGUUGUUGACUGGAUGGAUGGAUGGAUGGCAGGGCAACGCGACGCGAGCGCGUGAGUGUUUCGCGACAUCCCGUCAGGUGGCCUACCGUGCUGUGGACCAGGCGCUGUGCACCCUGGCGUGGGCGCAGUUCGAGGCGGCCAUGCGCAACCCACCAAAGGCACGGCAGCUGUUCGAGGAGGCACUCACCGCGCAACGAUCACUCAAAAGCAUAUGGGAAAGGUCAUCCACCGAGAGAGAGAGGGAGAGAAGCAUAUGACCCACACACACAUCUGUCUGUCUGUCUGACGGCAUGCCCGGUCCCUCACCCUUCCCGUGUGUUCAGUUACGCGUUGUUUGAGGAGCUGUUGGGCAACGUGGGUCGUGCCAUCGAGCUUCGUCAGCGGGCCACCUCAGCCCUCCGUCGCGACGCCGACUCGCCAGCCAACUCCCUCGCCCUGCAGUGGCUCAAGACGCGAGGAGACACCACAGUCGUCGACCCCCAGCAGGAGCCCAUCGGGACUCUCCUCGACCAGGCCGGCGAUUUUUUCAGGAAGCUCCUCACCCCGCCGUCCGCCAAACCGGGCGGGGCGAGCGGCACGACCGUCAACCUCAUGGCUGGCGAAAUGGGCCCACAGCAGCAGCAGCACCAGCAACAGCCGUUUUACCCCGCUGUCCCGCUCUCCCCGCCUCAGCAGGUGGUGCGGCAGCGGGCGAGGCAAAGGCGUGCGAGGCGGGCGAGCCGGGAGGUGCGCAUGAUGGCCGAGUACGUCCGCACACGGAGCCAGCAACAGACACCAACGGCACAAGAGAAGAACACCCAAAGCUGCAGCAACGAGGUGGUGGUGGUUGACUACAGAGGGGGGUUGGGGUCGGGGUCGGGGGUGGAGAGGAGACCCCAGCGGCAGCAGACGGGUGGCCGUGUGAGUGCGAAUGGUGCGGUGUUGGUGCGUGAGGGGGCGGGGGCGCCUUCGUCGAAGAAGACAGAGACACACAGGCAGGAGGAGGUGGCAGAUGGGGCCUAGGGGGUGACCCAACGAUCUGUGCAUACACAAUGUGCAGAGACGAGGGAGGCACAGCAAGGGGUGUGGUGGUUGGCUGGUUUCUCGAGUGUGUUGGGAUGGACAGGACAGCAGCAUAGGAGGAAGGAAGGAACCACAGGAAGGGAAGGCCCUAUGUGUAUGUGUGUCAUAUAUGAACACGCACGUGUGCACCGCACAUUGCGAGUGGGUCGUGGGGAUCCUCGUUAAACGAAAACGUCC